AUGGUCGGGCUUAGACCUCUGGGUCAAACCAGUGUCCUUUCCAGCGUCGCUGACCUGACGCUCUUGGACAUUCUGCAAAUGCUCGAUGCUGCCGGUGAAUCUCGAGGCUUGCCUAUUGACCUCCUCGACCUGUACCAGCUGCGACAAGCGGCCAUCGAGCUGUUCAAUCACUCGCCCAAUCAUCCACAUCUUGGCUAUAUUGACCUUCGCGGCGGGAAAGUUCCCCUUGAUCAACUUAGCCUUCUUUUCGCUGCUCUGGCUCUUCACAAUUUCCCCAACCCCAAUUCUCACAUCUUCGAAGCCUUCUUCGAACUUUCAACCAUGUUGAUGGACAAUUACGCCGGAGAGCCAACGCUGGAUGUAGUGUCUGCUCUCUACUUACAACAUACUUGUGUGCUUCGAACGGGCACUGGGACUAGAGGACAGGCUUUGAUUGCUCAUGCUGUAAAGGCGGCGCACGAUCUAGGCAUUCAUCGUGCUUGCCAAGAUGUCAAUCUCCAGUCUUUACGGAUAUAUCUGAUGAUCUACUUUGCCGACCAAUAUUCCGCACUGACGCACAGUACGGCCUCGUGUAUCAAGACGACCGACAUAGCACCGGAUCUCUUCGCCCCUCUCCUCAUGAAAUAUCCACGUCUCAAUAGACUGGUGCAGUAUGUAUCGCUCAACGGCCAGGUUCUGGAAUCACUGCACACUCGACCUUACACAUAUAACAACGUUAUCGAUCUAGAGUCUAUCAUGGGACGAGUUUGUGCACGCAUUGGGAAGCCCAGGUCCGGGGAGGUGCAGAAAGGGGAGACUUUUGAGUACCAGUACGAAGUUCUGGUUCAGAUACAUAUUUUCUGGUCGCGGAUCAUGCUACGAGCACCGCUUCUUCUCUCAGAAGAACACUGGAUCUCAUCUUUGAGUGUUUGCCUCCGUGCAGCGCAAAAUGUGUUGUCGAUUUAUUUUGACAUUUAUAGCCCCGUAAUCACGUUGAUGGCGACCACUACCCUGCAAUCUUUCGAUGAUGCUCUAGGCAGACAGUUACAGUCCACCAUUAUAUUGCCGCCAACCUGGCGCCAAGUUCGCCGGAUCUCGACUUCCGUUUUCAUCACCAUCUAUGGAUACUGGAAAGGAGAGGCUUCUUACGAAGAAACUGCUCGCUCAGCCGCCAUGGCGGUCGCCCUUCUCGAAUUCCAACGGACCAGAUGGAGAGGUACAGUCCAACCCGCGAUAUCAACGGUUCGAGACCUCGUCACAUCUAGCGCCUUGCAGAUUGGACCGUUCAUGCAGCAGCUCGUGCCAAAAGCAACCAAUGCCUACCUGAAAAUCAUGUCAGAGGGGACUUCAGGAGACGAAGAGCAUGACAACUAUCUCACUCCCCGUGAGAAAGACCCGGCCCAGACAGGUUUCGAGCAGCUCGACCCCACGCUGGCAACAACGUGGUGGGAACAGAACGACCUACACAGCAUUUUUAAUACCGUACCCAACUCAACCGAAAGACAAUCCGCCACCAGACAGGCUCCAGGGUUAAUCAUCGUGGUGUCCCUCGAACACAUCCUCACUUCCAACGAGCGCAUCUCCUCAACGUUUCCCGACGGUCUCGUGGCCAUCUUCAUUAGAGGAACGAGUGGCAUUGGCGAGUACAAGGUGACCACCCUCGCAAAGCAUGCGGCCAAGCUGAGGGUCUAUCUUGUCGGUCGAUCUCAAGCGUCGGCAGACCGCACCAUUGCAGCCGUGGAGAAAUUGAACCCUGCGGCUAGACUUGCAUUCCAUCGCGCCGACGUUCCCUUGCAGGGCAACGACGUGUCGGCAACGGGAUCUGACUGCAAACAAGAGCAGCGCGGUGUAUACUCUCAGUGA